AUGGGACAGUCUUCCUCUACGCAACGAAAUCGUCGUCACAGUACCCCUCCAGAGCACUUUCCCACUUUCCACGCGAUCCGUGUCCGCAGAAACAGGGAUGAAGCAAUGAAUAACAGCUACAACACGGAGCAGACUGGGGAACACCAACCCCGGUCGGGAACAGAGACAGACCAUCACAACACUCCAACAGCUUUAGGAGCCCCCGUUCAUCUCGACCCUUCUGCCGAGAUAUGGCAUCCCAAUAUUUCAGGUGACGAACAACGACAUAUGAGAACAAUACAAGAGGAGAACGACGCGCAAUAUGAGCCGGGCCAGCGGGAAUAUCGCUCGGACAUCUUUGCCCGAAUGGCUGCGAGAAGACAGUCAACCAUGUCGCGAUUGGGUUCCAGGAUCCUUCCUAAUUCGGUGAUCCGUGGCUUGCUGAGCAGCGAAGAAGAAACACCAGCAGAAGGCCACGCCCAUCGCCAUGGUAUCGUGUCAAGGUCGAUUCCAAGAUCGGAAGCCACGCAUACCAGCGCUCGUUUUAGCCCGUUCAAUUCCCUCAGCUCGAGAAGCGUCUCUAGGCGACGCUCUUUACGUGGGCCGUACUUCAUCCCCCGCAAUGAACCAACUCUCUCGUCAGAUCCCGCUCGUUCCGGCUCAUUCCUCGACCCUACCACGGAGAUCGCUCCAGAACCUACGCGAAGCUCAUGGCGCCGCAGUGCUCGGCUGCAUCGUGUCCGGAAUUCUCUGUCAGGACCCAUUGGCCACAUGUUCGGCCAAUCUUUUCCGAACGCAUCGGCUCAAGAAUCAGGACCAAUCCCACAACCACCCCUGGAUCCAGUCUCUAGUGAGGACACUGACGGCUUUCUUCCUUAUACAAGGUCAAUGGAUAGCCAGAUGGACUUCGAUGAGCCCCAUGAGCUUGAUUCGGUGGAACCUGCUGUAGGCAGUACUCGUCCUACCUCGCCCAUGUCAUCGCAGUCUGCACAAGGCCCACCUGGCUUACGGCAACUCCCGGGAUUGCUGCGAGCAAGACCGUCUCGAGCUAUGCGUCGAGAGGAACAGACUCCUUUGUCGCGUGUCCUUCAGCUGGCCGCUGCCGCCAUUGCCGCUCAACUUUCUGGCACAGCUGGUCCCGUAAUGCCCAACAUCCAGGCUCUGGGCAAUGAUGGCCUUGAUGGUUCGUUGGAUAAUUUCAUACAGAGCUUACAGCACGCCACGUCCACCCAGACGGCUCCCAACGAGGGAGAGAGUGCGGCAGGCGACAACAGUCCUCCGACUCCGGUUAAUUUCCUCAGAGUCUUCCGCUUUGCCAAUUCUGACGGUACUCGACCCGGUGGUCCAUUGAAUCGUCCAACGACAAACGCUGAGAACACCGACAGCAACGGCAACGGAAUGGAUGUGGACAACCCUACUGAUGGACCUGAGGGACGUACUGUUACGCUCGUGGUGGUUGGAGUACGAUCGGUCCCUUCCGGAAAUGGGCCUAGCGGCGAUCAGCCAGCUAAUCCAGGAACUGGACUGGAUGCCUUGCUUCGCUUGCCGUUCCUAACGCCGGGGAGUCUAGCACGCAAUCACGAGAACGGCUCUGGCUUUCCACCACGUCCAGAUGGGCGGCCCAGGCUUCCACCUAUCCGGCUCCAGGGCGAGCAGCAUCCUAGCGGACUUCCCACGGGUAGUGACAUUUCUUCACAAGGAGGACCAACCCCACUGCGGCGGCUGUCUGACGCGGGCACCCGGGUCCCAUUAGGCUCACUGUCUGCAGCCCCUUCGGUGCUUUCGGAAAGUCCUCCAGGCCCCCAUCCUCCUCCUUCGACGCCAGCCGAGCCGGGAUUAUCGGCCGUGUCAUCUAGCGCGUCCACUCCUAGUCGGAGACCUUCGACUGCUUCGGCCAUGUCACCAAGCACCCUACCCCCCAUUGACACCAAUCGACCGAUGCAGCCCACCGUUGAGCCUACUGAAGACGGUAUCCCCCCGAAUACGCGCCAGCGACGUCGCAGUGAUUCGGAAUAUGCGCGCCAUCGUGACCUAGGGUCCGGUGCCGUCAGGCGUAACGGCGUUGUGGAACCUGACAAUGCUGCACCCCCUACCGGAAGAAGCUGGCUGAUCUACGUUGUCGGAACCAAUCUUUCAGAGAAUCACCCUGCCUUUGCAACGCCAAGUCUGUUCACUGAUGUAAGAAAUCCCAAGUCUAAAAUCGUUUUCCUCCCCAGCCUCUUUCUCUGUUUGAAUCCAACGUACGAAGACAUGAUCUUGCUCUCAUCUCUGCUCGGGCCUGUCAAGCCACCUGUUGCGACCCAGGAAGAUCUCUCUACGGCCGGUGGACUGUUCCGCCUUGUAGAGUAUGCCGGCUCGCUAGUUGCAGAAGCUUUGGAAGGUGCUGGCGCCAUCCAACUUCCCGAAGGCGAGCGGUGCUUGAUUUGUCUCAGUGACUACGAGGCGGCAGAGGAGCUUCGGCAACUGACCAAGUGCAAGCAUCUUUUCCACCGGGAUUGCAUUGAUCAGUGGUUGACCACGGGCCGUAAUUCAUGCCCACUUUGCCGAGGCCAGGGUGUGGCUGAGACGUCGAAUAACCAACCCACUCCAGAUGCACCUAGCGCAGCAGCAGCGUAA